AUGCCGAGGGAGCAUAGCCGGAGCAUUGUCUACUUCGCAAUUAAAACUUUCCAUUUAACAGAAUUUGCCCUAUAUUUCCGUCAGAUCGAUGCUUCCGCACUAUUCAAUUCCUACCCCUGCAUACUAGAGCACCUGCAGCGAGCUUCACACGUCACACCUUCCGACUACCCCGCCUCCGCCGUCGCAAUGACCGACCUACCGGCACACGCCUCACCAAAAUUCGAUGCGCGUUCGCCCCCAAGCAGAUUAGAUGGACACUCGGAUGAUCUGAGUCAGGAGAGCAUUGCGUCAGGUGAAAACACUCCGACUCUACCGGACUCAUUGCUCUCGCCCGCAUUCACCCCACCUGCAACCCCCGGGGGUACAUUGAACUUGGAUUUAAAUCCCACCAAAAUCCUUCACCAAAACCAAGCAGCAGAUAUCCACCAUAAUAGCCAGGAUGCCAAAGGCCUCAAAUUACUCCCGCAGCUUCCAGCAGUGGAAUGUAUUGUGCGGGCGCGAAUUCCAACAACCAACGGAGCGGAAAUGUUCCUACACCUCUACCACAAUGACUUGGAUGGAAAGGAGCAUUUGGCCAUUGUAUUUGGAAACAAUAUUCGUAGCCGGAGCUUGGACAGCGUGCGGCCAGGGGAGACCGAGAUGGACCGAAUGAUCCGCGGCGCGUACAUUGGGAAAUUGCGCCCGGGUCGAGUGAGCAGCCGGUAUGAUGAGCAUCUGGCCGGGUCAUCAACGCCAAAGCAGGUCGAGCCACCGCUGGUGCGAAUCCACUCGGAAUGUUAUACGGGAGAAACGGCGUGGUCGGCGCGCUGCGAUUGCGGCGAGCAGUUGGAUGAGGCCGCGCGUUUAAUGUCUUUCCCCGUCGAAGAUCUUGCCUCUGAUGCGCCGCCAGAAGUCCAGUCCCUUUCGUCACAUUCGACAGGUGGUGUGAUUGUUUACCUCCGUCAAGAGGGUCGCGGAAUCGGUCUUGGCGAGAAGUUAAAGGCAUACAAUCUCCAGGAUCUCGGGUCGGAUACCGUUGAGGCAAACCUUUUGCUCCGCCAUCCGGCUGACGCCCGAAGCUAUGGACUAGCUACGGCCAUAUUGGAAGAUCUUGGUUGUGGCGCGGAUGCCAUCCCUGAGGGAAUCCGUCUACUUACCAAUAACCCUGAUAAAGUCCGCGCCAUUGAGGGCCCUAACCAUGAGGUUCUUGUAAAAGAGCGGGUGCCGAUGAUCCCAUUGGCAUGGCGAACUGGCGGUCAGAAAGGAAUUAAGAGCUCUGAAAUUGAAGGCUAUCUUAAAACUAAGAUCUCGAAAAUGGGCCAUAUGAUCCAAUAA